AUGUUCAAAAGGUCGGGGAAGGUGGUCCAUGAUGAAUGGCAAACCAUCCUUGCGCCAUGUCGCCGGGUCAGUCUUGCAAAGAUCUUGAACUUCUCUGCAUCAUUGGUCGGUGACUUUGGCAAUGUUGCCAGAAGUUCACAUGCAGCAAAAUGA